AUGUAUGUCUCUAACAAGGGAGAACUAAAUCGAUUCACCUUAGAUGUCAACCUCCAUGAAGCAGACGUGCUCUCCAGAGUCAAUUACAUCAACAGCACCAUCCUGGCUAGAUAUCCAAUUGAAAAGUAAAAUCUCUGAAUCUAUUCAACCAAGACUGGAAGAGCAGAAACUGUUUUUCGACCCAACCAGUCUUGGUAGGUACAAGAAUUAUCGAGGAGCGUCCUCCAAGAUAGCCAAUUACAUCAAGAAUCUUGAUCCCGUAGUGAGAGCAGCCUUUGUCGUAGAGAAAUCUCCUCCUUCUAUUAGAUAUAACUCCUCUCGCCACCCUAAAGCACAAGAGAAACUUAAACAGAAGAUUGAUAACUUGAACAACUUCCAAAAUGAUGAUUCAGGCAUUAAAUACUUUAAUCAACAUCGUCGCAGUUGCAGUCCAAGAUUAAAGUUACCUGCCGUCUCUAAAUACCACAAAAAACCUCCAAAAAUGCUUAUAAAUUCAUACGAAUCCAGAACUAUCGAUGCAAAUAGCACCUUGUCUCAUUCUGUACAUAACCAUUGA